UCGACCUAGCAGGCGGGCGGAAGAGGAGACGGCUCCAACGGAGACGGAAACCGAGCGAGCGCCCAGGGGAGCCCGUCUGAGGAGGUGGAGGAGGAGGGGUGCAGUCUGGGAGGGGCUGCACAAGGAGCCGAAGCGACGGGCUUUACUUUCCUCACACACACCACCACCCCCAGUGGGCCGCGGGGUUAAGGGCUUCGGCGAUGGAGGCGGCUCCUUGGACGGCUCGGGUCAAGCUACGCUGCGGCAGAUACUUCCAUAAAGGGCCCAGAAGAAACUUCCUUCUUGAAAGCCUGAAAAAUCUGCAUAUGUAACAUCUGGACUUGUGGAUAUAGUCUGACAAAAUGGCAGAAAAUAAUACUAAAGAUGUAGAUGUGAGACCCAAAACCAGUCGGAGUAGAAGUGCAGACAGAAAAGAUGGUUAUGUGUGGAGUGGGAAAAAGCUCUCUUGGUCCAAAAAGAAUGAGCAUUCUUCUGAUACUGACACACCAGGUGCCACAGAGAAAGCCGACAUCCCUUUAGGGAGCCCAGAGAGGAAGCACAGCUGUUCAUCCAUUGAGUUGGAUUUAGAUGGCUCAUGUGGGCACAGAUUUUUGGGACGGUCUCUUAAACAGAAACUGCAAGAUGCUAUGGGACAGUGUUUUCCCAUAAAAAAUUGUAGCAGUCGACACUCUUCAGUGCUCCCAUCAAAAAGAAAAAUUCUUAUCAGCGAACUCAUGUUAGAUAAGUGUCCUUUUCCACCUCAGUCAGAGCUGGCCUUUCGUUGGCAUUUAAUUAAACAACACACUGCCCCUAUAACUCCAAAAUCAGAUAACCGCAGAAGCACAGACUUAUCUGAAAGUGAUAUGAGGGAUGUCCAGCUGAAGGAAAGAGGUAACAGGGAAGAAAGUGUAAACCCUUUUCCACACACUCAGGUUCAGCCAUGUGACACAACUACUGACAACCAUUCACAUCGAUGUGAUCCAAAGACUGAUUCUGUAAUGAAUUUGACAUCUAAUAACAGUAUAGAGGAUAGCGAUAUGGAUUCAGAUGAUGAAGUUUUAACACUUUGCACAAGUUCUAGGAAAAGAAACAAACCAAAAUGGGAAACUGAUGACGAAAUGCUGCAGUUGGAAACACCUCCUAAAUACCACACUCAGAUAGAUUAUGUUCACUGUCUUGUUCCAGAUCUCCUUCAGAUCAAUAACAAUCCGUGUUACUGGGGAGUAAUGGACAAAUAUGCAGCUGAGGCAUUACUGGAAGGAAAACCAGAGGGAACCUUUCUACUUCGUGACUCAGCACAGGAAGACUAUUUAUUCUCUGUUAGUUUUAGACGCUAUAGUCGUUCUCUUCAUGCUAGGAUUGAACAGUGGAAUCACAACUUUAGUUUUGAUGCACAUGAUCCUUGUGUCUUCCAUUCUCCUGAUAUUACUGGACUCCUGGAACAUUAUAAAGACCCAAGCUCUUGUAUGUUCUUUGAACCACUUUUAUCCACUCCUUUAAAUCGGACUUUCCCCUUUUCCCUUCAGCAUAUAUGCAGGACAGUUAUUUGUAACUGUACAACCUAUGAUGGUAUUGAUACCCUCCCAAUUCCUUCAUCUAUGAAAUUAUAUCUGAAGGAAUAUCACUAUAAAUCAAAAGUUAGAGUACUCAGGAUUGAUGUACCAGAACAAUAAUGCCUGGGAGGAUUAGUGGCAUUUAACUGACUGAUCACAUAAAAGCUCUUUCGUGGCUUUUCCAAGUUUUUUUUUUUUUCUUUUGCCAUUUAAAAAUUUUCUACAAGGGUAGAAUCCAAAUUAACUUGUACCCUUAACUUUUAUUUGAAGUUACUUUUUUGGGAGGGCUGGUGAUACACACUGUUAUUUUAAUAUUACACACUAAGGCUUUAUGGACUUGAGGGAAUGUCUUCUGAGGUACCUUAUAGUAGUUAUUCUUUAGAUUUUAAAUUUUAUUCAUUUAUAAAUUUUAAUUGGCAUAUCUACAGACAUGUUUAAAGCAUCCUGUAAAUGACAAACUAAAAAUUGAGUAUUUUCUAUUUUACACAUUUCUUUAAUACUAAUUCAGUGUGCACUAUAUAAAGUAUAACCCUUUGUUAAUCUAGUUCUAACAUUACUAUUCUUGUACAUAAAAUAGUUUUUCUAGCUUCUUUUUAAUUAGUGCUUCUCCAUUCUUCUAGUAAGAUGGACCAUCCUGUUGAUAUUUAGACCAUGUUUCAGACUAACAUAGCAGACCUUCAUAAUUUAUUAAUAAUGGUGUUAAAGAUGACAGUAGACUUACCUGUAGAUUAAAUGAUACAUCUGAUGGCAUAAGAAGCUUACACAGCAACUGUCUGCAUAGUUUCCAGUCUGUUCUUUACUAUGGAUUCCAUCAUCAAUUUCCUGUCCUUCCCACCCUACCAUAACUUUCUAGAUAGAAACCUUUUAUUUAAAAAUAAAACUAACACUGUAUUUUCAUUUUGGAAGUUAAUUUAAAAGAACUAAGUACAAAGGUUUAAGAAACUGAGCUUUAUUCUGCCAGCGAGGAUGAAGCAAAAAAAAAAUUAUAUUUUAGAGGUAUUUUUUACUAUUUUAGAUAUAAUAGUACCAUUUAGUGUACUUGAAGAGGUCAUUUUCUAAGUGUUCUGAAAGAGUUAAACAAUAGAGAUCAUUACUUUCUCACUGGAAAGCCUAAUAAAUGCCCAUAGUCUAUAUAGUACUGUAGUAAUUUUUAAAUGAGUCCUCUGACUUCAAGCAGGCAAUUCUUUUUUAUUCUAUAACAUUUAAGGUUUGGGACCACAUUCAUUUAGGAAUUGUUGUUCCUAUGUAGCCUCAUUAAAGAACACCUAGACCUAUUAUUUUGUGCUAAACUCUACCUAUAUAACUGCCACAGAUUUUCACUGGGGACCAAAUAAGGCAUCAAAUUCAUUUUCCAUUAUUUUACAUUGGAUUCAAGUCCAAAAUCUGAGGAUUAGAUAGAGUAAUAAUGAUCAGGGUGCUCUGUUGUCUGGUAUUUUAAAAGAAAAAAAUUGAUCUACACAUUGCAAAUAUAAUUGUUCCUGUCUUCAAAAUUGACUUAAAUCUUUAAUGUGGCCUUGACCAGGGAGAAACAAACAAAAAAAUUGUUGCCAUUCAUAGUCACUACUUUUAACCCAACUUAAGGCAUAGUAAACCAAAACUAGCUAUGAUGGUUAAUGUUGGUAAUAUUUUGAAUAUGUUAUUCCAUGAUUUGGAAGCAGUUUAUAAAUAGCAUUUGAUUUAGGGUUGAGAAAUAUCCUAUCAAACAAUAUCCCAUUUAAAGAACUAAUUGAGAGAUUAUAUUUUUAUUCAGACUUCAUUAUGCACAUAUAUAAUUCCUUAUUUGUCUUCCAGUGAAUUGGCAUUCAGCAUUUACUGGCCUUGUUACACUAAUUCAUGCAGCCAGCAUUUCCUUAUUUGUGGCUUUUUUAACUUUAUUGACUAACUCCUUCUCUGGGGUCAAAGAAAUGCACUUCCAAAAUAUCCAAAAUGGAACAAAUGUUGAUCCAUACUCAAUAUUUCAUUUAUAUUUAGGAGUAACAUUUCUGUAUUUUACCCUUCUGUAAGCAACACUAAUAGUGCAUAUUUGAAUGAUAGUUUCAAAAUAAAAGUCUUAAACCAAUUACCACAAAAUCAGAAACCAGAAGAAUGGCUAACCUUUUAGGAUUCCCUACAACUAGUUUGGCAAGGAUCCCUGCACAAAGAUUUUGCCUUGAAUUUAAAUAAUCAAGAUAUGUGAAUUUACUGUCAAGAUAGCCUCUUCCAAAUACAUAUUGCUUUGGGUAAGGGUAGGAAAGUCUUGUACAUUAUCUUAGAUGUUUUAUGAAUCUUUUAUCAAUAUAAGAAACUUACCCCGCUUACUAACACAAUACUUCUAAAUAUAAAUAAUCACUUUGGAGAAGGGGAAGGGGGGCAGAAAAGCAAAUUGCUGUUCAUUUUUUAUUAUGAGGGAAACCCCUCUUCCAUUUCCCAACUUAACUUAUCAGAAUUUGAUAAUGAAAAUUUCUGUUUCUGUGAAACAAUCAUUAUUUUAAAUAUUUUUCUUUUAAAAACUUUUUAUCAGUACAGAUUGACCUAAUUGAAGACUUGCUAUGGGGGGAAAAAGCAUGGAUAGUUUUGUAAGGAAACAGAAUCUAAUUCUGUCAAGUCUUUUGUAAUGGAUAAAAUUUAGUGUUUAUAAAGAAGUCAUCUUCUAAAUAGCUUCAUAAUAUUGUUUAAACUAUGUUGAUAUAUUUUCUGUGAUUUUCCUGUUCUUUCAGCAUCUUUGUAGAACCAUAAGGUUACAGUCAUUAGUAGCCAUGAAAUAAUUACCUGCAACAAAAAAGAACAGAAAAUAGGCUGAUCCAUCCUGACACAUUUUGCAUUUUCCCCCUUAUAUGUACUUCAGCAAGAAGGAAUUUAGGAAGUAGUAAUAAAAGGUCUUGGUAUUGGUAUGGUAGUGUUAGAGGCAGGGAUGGAGGGAGGGAUUGGUAGGUUCAAAUGGAAUAUCAAAGAGAUAAUCCUUUGACUUUGGUGAAUGUACGUUUAACAGACUAUCCAGUGUUUAGGCUUCACCUUCAGAAUAUAAAAUCAAAGGAGGUUUCUAGAUUGUAUAAUUACAUAAGAGUAGAGUGUUUUAGGAGAAAAGAUGCAGGAAGUUAAAUAUAAAUAAUUUGACUAAAAAGUAACCUUGUAAGCAUGAGGCAGCUAUAGCAGACCAUUAAAAGGUAUUCUUGAGAAAGCAUUUAGCAUGGUGGUACUGAGUAGAGCUUAUUUGGCAUGAAGAUGAAGCUAAAAGAAACAAGAUAUAGUAUUUAAAUUAAAAAUUUAGGCAUUGCCUUAGGGAAAUCUUGACAGUGAGUGGGAGUUACUUAAUCACUAAUAGCUCAGCUGGACAAAACACUUAACUCUGGUUUAGGAAGAAUCUUUGCCGGAAAUCGAACUUGGCUUUCUGUCAGUUUUUCAGGACAUCCUUGGGGGGAAAAUCACAAAGAUUAUGCUUCUUCACCAUAUGCUUUUAAAAAAAGCUACUCUGGAUUUCUAGCUUCUUUGACAAAUUGUAUGAAAUAAUCAUACAUGGUCUUCCUCUAACCACAAUGUGCACUUAAAUAAUUCAAAAAGAGAGUGCUUUCAUUUAAAGAGAAACCUAAUAGGAAAAAGGUUGAAGGAAGCUUUUAGUCAGCUUUGGGGCUAGAAUUAUUGAUUUGGUGAUCAAUCCUGCGUUCUUUCCUGAAUUUGAACUAAUGGUCAGCUAGUCCAAAUGAGUGACUUUCAUUUAUAGUUGGAACCCUUGCAAAUAAUGUUUUAGAAAGUAGAAAUCUUUUUUUUUUUUAAAUAGAGCAGAUGUGGGAUAUAGGACUUAAUUUUUUUGUCAUACAGAUUCUUAUAUUUUUGUCCCUACAAGUAAGAUACAUAUAUUAUUCAUGAGCCAAAACCAUUAAGAGGAUAAAUCAAAUUAUCAGCUUCCUGUCUCUCUUUAGUUUAAAUCACUUUAUAGAUCCUAUAAUAGAAAGACAACUUCCUUCCUAUGGGGAAAAUUAUGACCUAUCUUCUUUCGAAACAUACUUCUUUUCCAUUUUAAAAUAUAUUCUGAUGUUUUUCUUGUCACUUAGUUGUAACCAGAAUCCAGUAAGAAUCUUUUAUAUUGAUAGGGCAGAUUUCAUUGAAGAAUAUUCUUUAAUUUGGGGUAGGGGGAUUUCAAAUGACAAGCUUCAUAGAAGGGAAAUUGUGUGAUACUAACUUUUAAAAAUGCUUGUAUAAGAAUGAGUCAAGUCAAGAUUUGAAUCUAAUAUAAAUUAUUUUUUCUUCACUUGGAAAAAAUAUCCUUCUUAAUUUCUCAGUCUUACCAUAUUCGUAAAGAUAGCUGAAAGCACAAGAACAUAUUUUUAACUUGGGCACACUGGACUAUUGAAGAACAAGUACUGUAUGAUGUCUAUACAUAUUCAUUGUAAGUGGGGCAAAAUUUUUUUGUAUCCAUGGUUGACUAUUGUUAUAGCCAUGUCCAGUUGAAAUUUCAACUUAUGGGUAGAUUUUUAAUACAGAUAUUGGGCAACCAAUAGAAAUCUUUUUUUUAAAAAAAUGCUACUUAACUGUCAAGAAGCUGUGCCAAUUAGCACGAAAGGGGAGUUGGGAAAAAUAAAUUCAGCUCCCCACUCCAUCUUUAUUUUACUGUGUAACCUUGGUAGGCUGAGCUCUACCUCUAUUUUCCAAGGUACGAUGUAAGUCAAUACUUGCCACCUGACUCCCUUAAUUCUUUAGUGAGAUUUUGAACUUCUUAAAAGGUAAAUACUGUGCAACUAUAAGUUGUAAUAUGUAUAAUUGAUAAUAUGGUUAUAGAUGGUCAAAGUAUUCCCUUCAUGUUGAACAAAUGGAGAGUCAUCCUCCAUUACUUGUAGGCAAGCUUUAACUUAAUUUGAUCAUACAAAUUAGGACACUAAUUUUAAUUUGGCUCUGAGGAUCCCAUUAUCCCUAAAAUGGCAGCUGGUUAUACUUAAAUUCUGCAUUUAGAUAAACAAUAGCAAUUUGGCACCCACGUGAGAAUUUACAAAGACACAAUUUUAGAAAAAUAAUCAUGUUCUAACCAUCCAAUAUAUUAAAAAUUAGUUAUUUGGGGAAAUAAAAACAAGGUCAUAUUUACGAUAGUUGAAUGAAACCAGAGCCUUUAGAUUUGAGCCACACUGUAAAAAGCAAUUCGUGUUUACUUAAAAUCUAUGCUGCCUUUUCUAGGAUUGGAUAUGUAAAGAGUAUGAAUUGAGUGAUAUAUGCUUGAUGAAGAAUAUUUAAAUAGUAACUUCUUUUAACUAUUGUAUAGUCUUGUUGGCUAUUUCUGUUCCCUGUCUUCUAUCAAAAGAAAUAUACUAUAUUUCCAUUUUGUCUCUUAUUCUUGAAUAUUAGAUUGUUUUAAUGUUUCCUCAUAGAUGGAAGAGUUAAAAGAAAUUUAAGUAAGUUUUAAUUUCUUAAUUAAAAUUUGAUAAAUUUAACCUUUGUAUUAUUUGUGUCAGAAAAAACCGUCACUAAUCAUUAAGCUCCUAUUGUGUGCCUGGCACAGUACUGAGGCAAAAGACAGUCCUUGCCCUCAAGGAUUGUACUGUCUAAUGGUAGAGACUACAAAUAUGUGUGCAAGCUCGAGAGCGUGUGUGUGUGUGUGUGUGUGUGUGUGUUUAUGUGUGUGUAAAUGCAAAGCAAGCUAUAUACAGCAUAAGUAGGCAGUAAUUAACAGGGAAGGCACUGGAAUUAAGAGGAGUUGGGGAAGGUUCUUGUCGAAGGUGGAAAUUUAUUUGGGAAACGGAAGUCACUGUUUUCA